AGCGGGGCGGGGCGCUCAGAGCGUCGGGGCGGUGCGAAGAUGGCGGCGGUGAUGGCGGCGCCGGAGGCUGUGGAGGCGCCCAGCUCCCUGCUGUUGCUGGUGGUGGGCGGCGAGUGCGGCUGCCCCGGGCUGCUGGCCUACGUCCUGGAGGAGUUGGAGCGAGGUGUCCGCUCAUGGGAGGACGUGGACCCCGCCGUCUGCAGCCUGGAUGAGCAGCUCAAGGCCUUUGUGUCCCGGCACUCAGCCACCUUCUCCAGCAUUGUGAAAGGGCAGCGGAGCCUGCACCACCGUGGUGAGACCCUGGAGACGCUGGUCCUGCUGAAUCCCUCAGACAAGUCUCUGUGUGACGAGCUCCGGAACCUCCUGAUGGACCCCGCCCCUCACAAACUGCUGGUCCUGGCAGGGCCCUGCCUGGAGGAGACAGGGGAGCUGCUGCUGCAGACCGGGGGGUUCUCGGCCCACCACUUCCUGCAGGUGCUGGGGGACAAAGAGGUCCAGGAUGCACUGGCCUCCGCCCCAGCUGCCCCAGUUCUCACCGUAUCCUGUCCAACCUUUGGGGACUGGUCGCUGCUGGGUCCUGCGCCCGGGCUGCGACUGCGACUAAACCCGCCCGCGCGGCUGCCAGCCUCAGAAGGCCUUCGUUCUUUCCUGGAGUAUGUGGCUGAGUCGCUGGAGCCGCCAUCGCCCUUCGAGUUGUUGGAGCCACCGGCCGCGGGUGGCUUUCUGCGCCUGGCACGGCCCUGUUGCUAUGUGUUCCCGGGUGGCUUGGGAGACGCUGCCUUCUUCGCUGUCAAUGGCUUUACAGUGCUGGUGAACGGCGGCUCCAACCCCAAGUCGAGCUUCUGGAAGCUGGUGCGUCACCUGGACCGCGUGGACGCCGUGCUUGUGACCCACGCGGGUGCUGACAGCCUGCCCGGCCUCAACAGCCUGCUGCGCCGCAAGCUGGCAGAGCGCGAGGCAGCCGCUGGACCACAGGGACAACAUGAGGAGCGGCUCCGGUGCCUGCUGUCACCUGCGCUGGGCGUGGUGUUCCUGAACGCCCGUGAGGCUGCAUCGCGGCUGCGUGGGGGAGAGGAUGAGGCAGUGUGCGCGAGGAGCCUGCUGCGGAGCCUGGGCAUCGCGCCCCUGCCGCUGCAGCGUGGCCCCCAGCCCUCGUGCCCCACUGUCCUUUUCGAGAAGCUGGGUGUAGGCCGCCUCGAGCUCUUUGUGUUGCACCCUCCUCCUGGGGACCCCUCAGCACCUGCCUGUGCCCUGCUCGUGUGGCAGCCGGCGGCACCCGGCGACAAGGUGGUGCGAGUACUGUUUCCUGGCCGCACGCCCCCCGCACGCCUGCUGGAUGGGCUACAGCGUCUGCAGCACCUGCCGUGCCUGCGCAGGCCGGUCGUCACCACGCAGGACCUGGAAGCGCCCUCCAGGGCCAACAGCCAAGACAGUCUGGCCUCUCGGGACAGUGCGCGCAAGGAGCCAGGCCGUGGCACGGUCGGCUGCAUGACCAGCAAGAGUGCAAUACGAAGGGAGCCCGCCCUGGCCACUCGGGACCCGAAGAAGGACACGAGAUCUGGGCCCACUUCCACCCGGCCCAUAGCCCGAGACACGCGCCGCUCUGGGCCUGGUGUGGUUAACACAAAGCCUCGAGUGUCACAGAAUGGGCCUCGUGCCCCAGCUCCAGCAGUGCCACCCGCAGCCCCUGUGCCUGAGCGCCCAGGAGAAGCGGAGAACGGCGUGGAGUCUGCGCAGCCACCUGCCCCACCCCCGACGCUGUCCCCUGCUCAGUCCCCACCGCCUACAGCACCUGGCCAUAGCCCUGAGCGCCUGUCACUCAGCCCCCUGCGCCCAGAGCCCGCCCCUGACGCAUCCCCCUCCGCCACGACGCCCACGCUGACCACGCCCUCUCUGCCCGCGGAGUUGGGGUCACCCCACUCAACCGAGGUGGACGAGUCGCUCUCUGUGUCCUUCGAGCAAGUGCUACCCGCAGGCGACUCGGGGCUCAGCCUGCCCCUGCGCCUGGCGCGCCGCUCUGCGUCUCCUCAUGACGUGGACCUGUGCCUCGUGUCGCCCUGUGAGUUCUCGCACCGCAAGCCACCCCCUCCGGCAUCCCCAGGCAGCUCGGACAGCAGUGCUCGGUCACAGGAGCGGCCACCCGAGACUCCGCCCACGUCUGUGAGUGAGUCACUGCCCACGCUAUCUGACUCUGACCCCGUGCCCACGGCGGAUUCUGAUGACGACGCGGGCAGUGAGAGCGCGGCCAGGGACCCGCUGCCUACACCUCGUGUGCCACCACCACUGCCGGACGCACCAGGAAUCUGCAUGGUGGACCCGGAGGCGCUACCGCCUCGUGCGCGGCCGCCCCUCAACACCACCAAUGCCAACCGUGGCCGCAAGGCCCCGGCAAGGCCGAGCUCUGCCUCUGCCACUCCCAGAGCUGCAGCUGCAGCUGCCAAGGCAAAGGGCCCCAUGGGGGACCGGAACCGGCCACUCAGCGCCCGCAGCGAGCCUGCAGACAGGCCAGGCCGCGCGCCCCUCACCAGGAAGCCCUCGGUCCCCAAGGCCACCCCCAAGAUGGCCCCUGCCACAAGGAUGUCUUCCGGACCCAGUAGCCGCCCCGCCCCGCUUGCUGCUGGCUCCCCUGUGUACCUGGACCUGGCUUACCUGCCCGGGGGCGGUGCCGGCCACCUGGAUCAGAACUUCUUCCUGCGCGUGCGCGCACUCUGCUAUGUCAUCAGUGGGCAAGGCCAGCGCCAGGAAGAGGGCCUGCGCGCCGUGCUGGACGCACUGCUGGCCGGCAAGCGGCAGUGGGACCUUGACCUGCAGGUCACGCUGAUCCCCACCUUUGACUCUGCGGUGAUGCACAGGUGGUACGAGGAGACGUACGAGCAGCACCAGGCGCUGGGCAUCAGGGUGCUGGGCAGUGGCAGCCUGGUGUCCAUGCAGGACGAGGCCUUCCCCGCCUGCAAGGUGGAGUUCUAGCCCCACGCUGCAGGGCGACGGGGACCCAGUUCCUUGCCGUAGCCCAGGUUGAGCUGUGGAACGCCAGACACCGAGUUGAAUGAGGCACCGUGUGACCGCCCAGCUUCCGCCAGUCUCCAGCGCCGAGGAUGAGGCCGGGGACCACGCUCCUUCCUCGCUUGCCUGAGUCCAUCCUGUGUCCAGCACAGCUCUCCGUGCCUUCUCUGCUAGAACUCAGUGUGUAGAGGCGGGGGAUCUGUGCGGAGCCCAAUAGUCAAGCCUUGUUUCGAAACCACAAAAAAUAAAGCAGACGUUUCUAUGGCUGUAUAAACACCAUGGCCAUAAAGAACUUAAGCAAAGGGUUUGUGUGGGCAGGAGCGCAGGCGGAGGCCGUGGUGGGUGCCGCCUGCUGCCGGCCUGCACCUCGCCCUCAGCUCGCUCUCCUCCCAGGCCAGUCAGGUGGAGGCGUUCCUUAUUGACAGCUCCUCGUCCCGAGUGAGUGCAGCCACCACGCUGGGAGAAUUUAAUAGGGAAUGGAGGCUAGGGUGUGCUGAGUCCCUUCAGUCCCCUUGACACAUGUCCUCUGACAGGAGGGAGCCUCAGUUGAGAAAAUGCCUCCGUAAGGUAAGGCUGGAACGAGCCUGUAGGAUAUUUUCUUUUCCUUUCUUAAUUUUUUAAAAGGUAUUAUUUAUUUCACGUAUAUGAGUACACUGUAGCUGUCUUCAGAUACACCAAACCCAGGUCCUCUGAUAGAGCAGCCAGUGCUAUUAGCCACUGAGCCAUCUCUCCCGCCCUUGACAUUGUCUUAGUGAUCUUUGGGGGAGGGCCCAGCCAUUGUGGGUGGGGCCAUCCCAGGGCUGGUGGCCUGGGUUCUUAAAGAAAGCGGCUGAGCCAGCCAUGGGGAGCAAGCCAGUAAGCAGCACCCACCCCUCCAUGGCCUCCGCAUCAGCUCUGCCUCAGGUCCUGCCCUGACGUCCCUCAGUGUUGAGCUGUGCUGUGGAAGUAGAGGCCAAGGAAAUCCUUUUCCCCCAGUUGGAUUUUGGUCCUGCUGUUUGACUUUAGCAAUGGUGCCCCAAGGGUGUGGCCAGCCUUGGAGCUCAUGUGGACAGCCAGUGUCACGGCUCUGACCAGUGCUGUCACAGGUGGUGAGCUGGACACCCACUCUGUAGAGCGAGCCUUGAUUCCGGCCUCACAGCUCCAGAGCAGGCCAGUGUGAAGCAGCUGUGGGCUGUGCGCCAUCACCAGCUAGGCAGCCUGUACUGCAGCCUCUGGGUGGUGGCCAGGCAGGGGACAGACAGAGCUGGUGGCACAGAUCAUCUGGAGUCCCGAGAGCAAGUGUGUUCUGUAGGCUGAGUCCAUGUAGUGAGACCACAGGAGUGAGCACCCUUACGGCCAGCCGCUCUCCUGACACUAGUCCCCUGCAGUCUAACCCUUCCAAGGUGGCCACACCCUACCAUGGUCCCAUAGCCUGGUGGAGGGCAGGAGCGCCCUCCUCUGGCUCAGCCGCGUCACAGCUCUCUGGCCUGGCUCACUUGGUUUUUUUGGCACGUGUUGCCCUCAGAGAACAGCUUGGAGGGCCACCUUCCUCCUCGCCGUGUGGGCUCGGGGUUGAAUGCAGAUGGUGUGGUUCGGUUGCAAACGCCCUUACACUUGAGCCUUCUCCGCAGAUCUGCCUGGGCAGUAGUGAUGGCCCAGGCUGGUGGAGUGUUUGUAGCAAUCCUGCUUUAGCAUCCUCAUAGCCUCCCAAAGUGAUGUCACCAGCUGAAGACCAAAUGUGAAUCGGCCGCCACUGGGUGUGAGCGGGUGACCCUCGUAACUGAGACCGCACCUGGCCACACCUUGAAGAUACGUCCCAGAGUAGGUUCUGAACUCAGCAUCCAAGGCCACCAGCCUCAAAAACUUUGUCACUUUAGUGUGCUGCUGUGGUGUGUAGGCCUUUAGGCUGGGCGAGGGCUCUCCUGACUUGUGUGCUGACAUGGACUCACCUGCUGUGCUGUCUACAUUGUCCUCAAACCAGCCAUCCUUCUGCCUCAGCCUCGCAGGCCUUUCCUCUCAGGCUGUGCUCAGCUCCCCCUAACCCCUGCAGUGGUCACAGCUGCAGUGCCUGGCCAGGCUGCCUGGAUGUGGUCUGCUCUAGUCAAGGCCAGCAGGCUCUGAAUGAAGGGCUAGGCUGGGAGGCGGUGUGGCCAUCUCUGGAGGCCCUGCAGUUUGAACCCUUUCCCCCAUAGGACCACUGAGCCACAAUGACCCAACGCCCUUUAUGACUAUUUGGGAGCAGGUCAGUCCCAUCUGAGGCGCAUUACAAAAUCAGAGAGAAUGGAAGUAAAGAGAGGACUGGGGGAACCAUCUUUCUCGAGGCCCAGGGUAUUCACGACUGUCUGUGACUCCACUUAUUUAAGACUUAUUUCAUGUAUGUGAGUACACUGUCGCUGUCUUCAGACACACCGGAAGAGGGCAUCAGACCCCAUUACAGAUGGCUGUGAGCCACCACGUGGUUGCUGGGACUAGAACUCAGGACCUCUGGAAGAGCAGUUGGUGCUCCUGACUGCUGAGCCAUCUCUGUCUUUGCCCAGCAUGGUGUGGCACGCCUUUAGUCCAUUCAGGACUAAGUGAGGCAGGCAGAUCUCUUUGAGUUUGAGGCCAGCCAGGACUACACAGAGAAACAUUGUCUCUGUAAACAGCAAACGAUUGUCUGUUCUAUGUAAAUGUGUGUGCAUGUUUAUGAAUACAUGCACAUUAGUACAUGUGCCCUUGGAGUCCUGAAGAGGGUGUUAGUUCCCCUGAAGUUGAAGUUGCAGGCAGCUGUGAGCUUUCUGACAUAGACCUGGGAAGAAAACUCUGGUCCAAGAGCCAUGUGUGCUGCUAACUGCGAAGCCACGCAGGCCCCCACCCCAACCCCCGC